AUGUACCGCAACGCUCGUCCUGCUGUACACGCCGCUGCUGCAGCAUCCCGCUCGAUCGUCGCACGUCGUCAUGCUUCCACCCAGACCUCCCCGAUCCGUCGGUCUCUAGGCACACUCACCCUGGUCGGAGGAUCGGUCGCCUUGAUCGCCUACUACUACGACUCCCGGUCUUUACUCCACGAACACCUCAUCAUGCCCGUCGUCCGAAGCGUGACGGACGCGGAAGAAUCCCACAGGCUCGCAGUCAGGAUGUUGAGCAUGGGAGGUUGGGCCAGGCCGAAGGACAAGGUAGCCGAUGACGAGCGAUUAGGAGCGAUGUUGUGGGAUAAACGGCUGGACAACCCGGUCGGAGUCGCCGCUGGAUUCGACAAGGACGCCGAGGCUAUCGAUGGCCUAUUCGACCUCGGAUUUGGAUACGUCGAGGUCGGAAGCGUUACGCCCGAACCUCAGCCCGGCAACCCUAAACCCCGCUUCUUCCGUCUCCCAGAAGACUCGGCCGUGAUCAACCGGUACGGCUUCAACUCGUCUGGCCAUCGUCAAACCCUCCACCGUCUACAAACCCGUCUUCGCCUCUACGCCGAAUCUCACCCGUCCGAGUUCCCGGGGUACAACCCGUCAGAUCCUCUGGCUUACCGGGAGCUGGUCCACAACCUCCCGGAAGGGCUACCGAAAUCGUUGAGGCCAGGAAGGCUCUUGGCUGUGAACCUGGGCAAGAACAAGACCUCGAAAGCGGACGAUCAUGAGGAUUACGUCAAGGGGGUCAAGAUGCUGGGACCUUAUGCGGAUGUCAUCGUCGUCAACGUGUCGUCACCAAACACGCCUGGAUUGAGGGGUUUGCAGAGGGGAGAAUCGUUGUUUGAUCUGCUCAGUCAGGUGGUCACCGCGAGGGAUAGUUUGCCUUCGAGCAGAAAGCAGGAUCGAGCCAAGGUGGUGGUCAAGAUCGCACCGGAUUUGGAGGAAGAGGAGAUUGAAGGCAUCGCUAGGGCUGUGAGGCAGAGCGGGGUCGAGGGGGUGAUUGUCAGCAACACCACCGUCAAGAGGGACGGUUUGGGGUUGAUCUCGGCCCACCAAAACGAAACCGGUGGUCUCUCUGGCCCUCCUGUCAAGCCCCUCGCCAUCCUUGCCCUAAAAACACUUCGACCUCUGCUACCACCCUCGAUCCCGAUCAUCGGCUGCGGAGGCAUUACCACUGGUGAAGACGCUCUCGAUUACGCCAAAGCUGGAGCGUCGAUCGUCCAGGCUUAUACGGCGUUUGGGUACAAGGGCGUCGGGUUCGCCAGGGGGAUCAAGGACGAGCUC